UUCAUUGACGACGUAGUAAAAAUAGGUAUUUGUAACUGAGCGUUCAUAUUGAUACGCUGCGAUACGCAAGACGCACGUGCUUUUUCGUCUCUGCUCUUCGAGGCAUCGUCUGCAAAGAAACCCUUUUAUUCGGAUUUGUCACAAAUUACGUGAAUCUUGUCUCGCUGAAAAGUCUCCUGUUUGACAAGCAGGUAUCGACAGGACAGUCAAAUUUAGCUCACUUCAUUGUCAAGGUGUCUCUUCCUUCAGAAUAUUGAAUUAUUUGAAAAGAAUCUGACCGUUUUGAACGAUUGUUGCACUCGGUAAUUUGUCUGCAAGGUGCAUCAAGAAAAUUCUGUUCUGGUGGUUGAAGAAAUAGUUUGGUCUCUCUCUCCUGCGAACAGAGCGAACCAUUCAACAUAGGGGAUUUCAGCACGUGAUGCGGAUUUACCACAAGAAAGAUAAACACCCAGUCAUGAUGAAAGCAGAAACCGAUUUCGAUGGAUUCGUCCACAAGAAGUUUCGUCCCAAUGGUGAGAGGCGACUCGUGUCCAGCAGCAGUGCCCCGCCAAAGAAACGUCGUGGAAAUCUCCCAAAGGAAGCCGUCAAUAUCCUGAAGGCAUGGCUUUAUGAGCAUCGCUACAACGCUUACCCCAACGACCAGGAGAAGCUCUACCUAUCUCGCUUGGCUAACCUCACUCUUCUCCAGGUGUGCAAUUGGUUCAUCAACGCUCGAAGACGUAUCCUGCCAGAGAUGAUUCGUCGCGAAGGAAGAGACCCUGACAAGUUCACCAUCAGUCGUAAAACCAGCAAGAGUUCCUCUUCAGAAAGAUGCGAGGGUCGCGAAAGAAGCAAUAGCGAAAAGAGCGACGAUUCCGCAGUGUCCUCUGUAUCCUCAACCGAUUGUGCCAUGGAUACCAUCAGCUCUAACUUCCACGACAAUGAUUCCAACGCUGCGGACAUCAGCUCCGAAGGCGAAUCCGACAGCGGUUGCAACGAUUGCAGGACACCGUCACCAGUCGCUCGCAAAAUGUCGGCGUCAUCCAGCCCGUACGACUACCCCUUGCCAAGCAGCGUUCCGACAUAUCUUCGUGAUCUCUCCACCGACAUGAUGCACCAUCUGCGGCUCCAUGAAGCGAGCAAGUAUCACUCGAGUCCUGUCCUGAACGCACGCCACUCUCCAACACUCCCGCCUGCACAUCCCUUCAUUCCUUUCCUAUACUCCAGAGAUUACCAACAGGUAAUGCCCAAAUCAAAACUUAGCGAGCGCAAAUCGCCAUUAGACUUGUCUCUGAAACACGACGUCGACACCCUCGCCAUGCACAAAGCACGUCUACGCGCAUAUCCGGAAGACGCCCUCCGCCUUCCUGGCAAUACACACAUGGUCCAAGCGCCUACCAGCAGUCCUUUCCAUAUGCUGGUAGAUGCAGCAAUAUGGAGGAGGGACAACGAAACACCAGGUCAGGUGCGCUCGACGACCGUCUGCUGACUGUGAGAACAGGAGAAAAGCCUUCUCCAGAAAUUUAGGACAAAUAAAGAGUUCCACCCGUAAAUCGGUAUGUCCCACAGCACCUAAAUGACUCUUCAUCAACAGAACACUGCAAAGAUGCCAGACUUGCUAUCUGUUUACGGUGAUAUUGUACUACUUUAUAACGAGAACCUUUAAUGUCAAGAGUCGAUGGAUAUUCCAGAUGAUAUCACAUAAAUGAAGCGAACACAAACAUCGUAAUGUGCAAAGUUUAACAACUGAAAGAAUAGGUAAUUUCUAAAAGGUAACGAUAGGCGAAUGAAGGACGAGAAUGAUGUUUAUAUGUAUAUGUUUAUGUAUAGCAGAUUGAAACGGUACAGCGUAAGGAAAGACAGAUAUAGAAAUGUAUUUGUGGAUAAUUUUGAUAUUGGAUCAUUAAAUCAAUGAUGUGAAUGUUGUAUAGAGCGGAAUCAGCUAUAAGGAGAAGGACUACAUGCACGUGAAUGUGAAGAUUGAGAAAGAAUAAGUAGGUUAGAACUCGCUUUAGUUGGUUAAUAUGUCAUUUGGGGGUUGUGCCGGGAAGUCGUAUACAUUUAUCUCAAAGAAAGUUUUUAUGAAACGCUUCUUCUUUUUAAUAUAUUAAUACAUAUUGAUCUUAUUAUUGUUGCAAAGUCUCGUCUUGUCUUAGGGUAAAGGGACUUGUAUGUUGUAUUUUAUGUUAAUUUCUUAAUUCAUGAUUUUCGAUGUUUGAGACUACUGAGGUGUGAUUACAUUUGCCUCAUUUGAAUUACAUGUUUAGUGUUGAAACAAAAUCUAGCUCGAAAAUCCUUGUUCACAGAAUUGUAAUGAAUGAAAACGAAAAGUACUUAUGUUAGCGUAAUUAUGUAUUGGUUUAUUCAUAUUCAAACAAACCUAUUAAUAUUCACAUUUGAAUGUCAAAAGUCAUAUUUACCAAUGAUCUCCUUCAGUGCCUUAAGAAUAAAUAUAAGUGCAUUGAUAAUUUUGCCAGAUAGUCUUCCAUUCAUGCUCAAAGUGUUAUUAUCCCAAACAGGGGGGUUUAUAUAGAGAGUGAUUGAUAUAUAAACGAAUUAUCUGUUAAUUAUAUGUAAUGCAUUUCAUAUGGAUUUAUGUGCAGUAUUCGAUGCCAGUUUUGAAGACAGUGAUCAUUACCCUUGAAAAGUAUUGAUGUGGUUGAUCUGACUAGUACCCGAACAUGGCCCCAAAUAUUAAUUUAAUACUGAUUUAGAACUGUUCAUGAUUAACCAAAUAGUUAGGAUAGUUGGAGAAACAUACGGACGACUCUCGGGACUUUGACGGGAUAAACCCUGCUUAGAAUGAUGGAAUAAUCUAACAGAAUGUGUGAUAUGUACUGCACCUAAGAGCACCGAUCAUGUGAUGAUUUUUCUUCGGAACGUUUGGUGAGGUUUUGCAUAACGAGAGUAAGGGGGUCAUUUUAUGUUGGGUUACGUACCGCCAUUCCAAACGAGCAAUUUAGUUCAGAAAUUAAUCGACUAUUUUUUUGUUGCCAAAUAUCCACAUCUUGCCUUUGUUGUUAUGUAUCUCAUACUGUAGCUCCGGUGAUCAUAAAACCUUUGAUAAGAAGAAAUUGAUUGUAUUCUUAAUACUAGCCACGACCUACCGCUCAACGAUGCAACCUUUUAAUAAUUAUGACGAAUUACGAUGGAUUUGUAUCGUCACAGUUAUUGUCUUUUUCCAUAAUUUAUUACCAUACCUUGAUAUGACAUAGGUGCUUAAGCAUUAUAAAACUUGCCCUUUUUAUUUGUGUUCUUUAUGAUAUAUCCUUUUUUUAUGACAGUAUUAAAUUAAGUCACACAAAGAAGGGAACAGUGGAACUUAGAAGGUAAUCUUAAUUUGGAAAUAAUACUGAUUUUAUUGCGAAUUGAUUAUAAUUGAAAUAGGUGGACAAACUAGUUCGUAAGAUAAUGCUAUGCAAAUGAAACAAAUAGUUUGAUAUUUGGGGCUUUGCAUCUCCUUGCUUUUGUAUUUUAAUGAUGUAAUUAUUUAAUUUAUUGAUUGAUCAUCUUGAUCCAACGAAAAAAAAAGGUUUACAAAGAAAUCGGAACCUCUGAUAAUUUUAUUAUGCAGUUAACCAC